CCAAGUUAAUCGAGUGUCCACUGUGAAAUCGCCACUCUUAUCUGCUGCACGCUUUCUGACUCAUUCCCAAUUUUCAAUUGAAACCAAAGUGUGCCCUUACCCAAAACAUUAAUUGCGAAUAGUCCCCCCGCCAUAACCAAACUCCUCCUCGCCACCUCGCUGCCCCAUGUUAAAGCUGUCAUCCACAGGAAUGACGGUCACUGGUUUACGCACAAGCAUGACAAGUCCGACGGUACCGCCGCAAACCGCGUCCGCUGCCAUCACCACCGCCAUGACCAUGACCAGCCCCAGCGCGAUUGUUGUUAGCCCUGCACACCUCAUCAGCGGCAAUAACAGCAACAACAACUCAACCAACAACAGCGCCAACUCCAACUUAAAUCGCAGUAGCAGCAACAGCAGCCCCACAUCACCUUCCACACUCCUACUAACGCAUCAGCAACAUCAAACGCUGCAACAACAAUUAAUGCCGUUGCACACACAAUCGCCGCAUAGUCACCCGCAUCAUCAGUUGAAUAAGACAAGCUCGCGUUUAAGCAAUUUCAGUGUCGCCUCACUUUUGGCUGAUACGCGACCAGCGGCUACACUUUCGCCCACACGCACACACAGCGCCGAAGCGAUGCAAACGGAGCCACGCAAUUUGUCCAACAACACGCCAGCCGUCACGUUAUCACCUGUUUCGCCUGCCGGUUCCUCGCCCGCCUCACCAACCGCGCAUCCACUCACACCCCAUGCGUCGCCCCACUCUACUCAUCCGUCACAUCCACAUCCUCAUGCGCAUUUUCAUCCUGCCGCCGUUGCACAUCACGCGCACUUACUGCAUGCUGCAGCAGCUGCACACGCGCAACAACAACAUGCCGCCGCUGUGGCUGCCGCUGCUGCGGCGCAACAAGCCGCCGUUGCGGCAGCGGCUAAUGCUGGCGCAUCGCCUCAUUUGCAUGUCACAUCAGCGCAUUUACGUCAUACACUGAGCGGCAGCUCAGCAGAAGCGCCCACUAAUCUAGUUACCACGGAAGGAGGCAGCAAUGCGCAACAGCAACACUCUUCAGCGCGUGUCGGUUCACCAGGCGUGCAUAUGAACGGUCCUAGCGCCGAAACGUCGUCCUCAUCGUCCGCAACAGCGCUGCUAGCCAAACAUGAACGUCAUUCGCCCAUCGGCAGCUCAGUGGAUUCCGAGUUGGAGUAUGAUGAUGAAUACAAUGAACAUGAGCAUGAUGGUGAGCACGAGCAUGAUGAAGAGGAGGAUUCGAUUGUGGAUAUUGAAGAUAUGAAUGCGGAUGAUUCGCCGCGUUCGACGCCAGAUGGCUUGGAUAGCAGCAAGUCGCCAGAGGUGCUUAGCAGUCAUAUGACCAACUCACCGCAUCUACUCUCCCCAGCUGCGCUGGCAGCUUCAGGUCAUGUGCCCAUUAGGCCGACACCGUUUAGCGCGCUAGCGGCAGCCGCUGUGGCGUGGGGUGGCAUUGGCGGUGGAGUGCCGUGGCCAGGUGCGCGUCAAAUGCCACCAUUCGGACCACCUGGGCUGUUUCCAGGACAAGGAUUCGGUGGAGGUGAUAACAAUGAACCGCCACGCAUUAAGUGUAAUCUGCGCAAACACAAACCGAAUCGUAAACCACGCACACCCUUCACCACGCAACAGCUACUCUCGCUGGAGAAGAAAUUCCGCGAAAAACAAUACCUCAGCAUAGCAGAGCGUGCUGAGUUCUCCUCAUCCCUGCGUCUAACCGAAACGCAAGUGAAAAUCUGGUUUCAAAAUCGCCGCGCCAAAGCGAAACGUCUGCAAGAAGCCGAAAUUGAAAAAAUUAAAAUGGCCGCACUAGGACGUGGCGGACCCGGUGCGCAAUGGGCGAUGGCCGGCUACUUUCAUCCGAGUCUAAUGCAUUUGGGAUAAAAAGGAAGUGAAGCAAAUAUUCUACUACGAGUAUGUAAAGAUACACCUGAAGUUGUGGCAUGAAAUUCCGACCUGCAUCAAUCGCUGGAGCCCAUGUAGUAUACUACAAAUACAUGCAUAAUUGCAUACGUAAGAAUAUACUGAGUCAUGUUAGCAGACUUUGCCCUCGUCGGAGUUCAAGAUGGUAUCUGAGUUCGCUCACCCAACUCUUAUUGCAUACUUAGCAUAAUUUUGUUUAUUGGAUACGCAAACUUGAGUGGGAUUCUAAAAUGUCUUAACGCUAAAAAUAUAUCGCCAAAAGCUACAAUGAAUAGAACACCGGGUAAUUGCAUUUAGUGA